UAUUCCCAUUCCCAGGCUCCGUGCAGGGCGGCCACCUCCGCCGCUUGCACCGCGGCGAGGGGAACAUCGGCGGGUUGCAACGGGGAGAAGUUUUCCGUGAGCACAACUGCAAAGGGUGACGGGGUUGCAAGUGGCGGCGCUGGUGGCGAGUCGCUCGGCCCUGCUUUCCUGCCUCUGCGUGGGGUCAAGCGGCCUGCAGCCGUGCCGUGCCGUGCCGUGCCGAGGGGCUGCACCGUUGGCCGGAGUGCCCAAGCACCCAUGGAGUAUGUCAGCACACGGGGAGGCGUGGGGGCCGUCGACUUCGAGGGAGCCCUUUUCUCCGGCUACGCGCCCGACGGGGGCCUCUUCAUGCCCCAGCACAUCCCCUUGCUGGAUGGGGACACCCUGCGGAGGUGGAGCUGCCUCUCCUACCCGGAGCUGGUGAAGGAGCUGUGCUCCCUCUUCAUCACAGACAAGUUGGUCCCACGGAGCACGCUCAACGAUCUGAUCGACAGGGCCUUCAGCAGGUUCAGACACAAGGACGUCAUCCAUCUGUCCAGGCUGAAAGAUGGGAUGAAUGUUUUGGAGCUGUGGCAUGGGGUUACUUACGCUUUUAAGGAUCUGUCCUUGUCCUGCACAGGGCAGUUUCUACAGUAUUUCUUGGAGAAAAAGCAGAAGCAUGUCACUAUUCUGGUGGGGACUUCAGGGGACACGGGGAGCUCGGCCAUUGAGAGCGUGAGAGGGCAGAAGAACAUAGACAUCUUUGUUCUGCUGCCCAAAGGGUUGUGCACCCAGAUACAGGAACUUCAGAUGACCACCGUCAUUGAAGACAACGUCCAUGUCUUUGCUGCUCAUGGGAACAGCGAUGAAAUUGAUGAGCCGAUCAAGGAACUGUUUGCUGAUGUUGAUUUUGCCAGAAAAUACAAUCUGAUGAGCUUGAAUUCAGUCAAUUGGUCGAGGAUUAUGGUGCAGAUUGCUCACCACUUCUACGCUUACUUUCAGUGUGCCCCGUCCCUGGAUACCACCCCGUUGCCAGUGGUGGAAAUUGUUGUGCCAACAGGAGGAGGAGGAAAUAUCACAGCUGGCUGUAUUGCCCAGAAAAUGGGUCUCCCAAUUCGACUUGUUGCCGUGGUUAACAGCAAUGACAUCAUUCAUAGGACUGUUCAACAUGGAGAUUUCUCACUGUCAGAGAGCGUGAAGGCUACGUUAGCAUCAGCCAUGGAUAUUCAGGAGCCUUACAACGUGGAGAGGAUCCUCUGGCUGCUCUCGGGCUCUGACAACCGCCUGACGAAAACACUGAUGGAGCAAUUCAGUGUGUUGAAAAGCCUUAAGCUGCCGGAGGAUUUGCACAGAAAGCUCUCCGAGACCCUGCGCUCGUGCUCAGCCUCUGACGAGGACAUCGUGCGUGCCAUGCAGCGCUGCUGGGAGGAAAACCGCUACCUGCUGUGCCCCCACUCUGCCGUGGCCGCCCACUACCACUACUCACAGCCAGACAGCACGCCUCGGUGUUGCUUAGCUCCAGCCUCCGCAGCCAAAUUUCAGGAAGCUCUGCUCCGAGCCGGCCUGGUUCCCCAGCUCCCCCCUGAAAUCACUGCCUUAACGACGAUGGAGACAAGGUCCACUCUCCUGGAGCGCGGGCAGGACUGGGCACAGGUGCUCUGGGAGCGGAUCAAAGUGGUGGCACAGCGGUGGGAGGCACAGGGUAAUCGGUCGGCCCCGGGACAGCGGGAGAUCAGCAGGCAGGGAGUCACUCAGACCUGAUCUACCGGAGCACUGCUGGUUGAUGCCUCCCAGGGCUCAUUUUCCAUUCGUAGGAUAGCCCCAUGUUAUGCUGGGAAAGGAGCCUACGGUCUCCACACAAUGAAUUAUUAGCAGCAACACCCUUUGCCGUUGAAUUACAGAGACAUUCAUAACAUUUUCAGUAAAGAGCUCUACAACUGUAUCCUCUUUUUCCUAGAAACUCAUAAAAACUGAUUGAAACUC